CGCGGGGCGUGUGGCGCGGAGGCCAUGUGACUCGCCAUGCUGGUGAGCGUGGGCACGACGCCCCCGCUGAGCAGCAGUGAGCUGCCCAAUGGGACCGGCCUGCCCACGCUGCUGCCCACCCUGCUGCCCACCGUGCUGCUGCUGCUGCCCAGCUCGACGCUGUCCCCGGCCGUCCAGGAUGCCGUCGGCGGCGGCGGUGGCGCCCCCGGCGCACACCCGGACCACAACACGACCCCGAUCGUGGUGGACGACGCGGCGGCCGACGGCCGCGAGGUGUUCCCGCUCGUGUGCAAGGCGCUCAUCAUGGGCACCAUCAUCGUGGGCGCCGUCCUGGGCAACGCGCUCGUCAUCAUCUCCGUCUUCCGGCACCGCAAGCUGCGCGUCAUCACCAACUACUACGUCGUGUCGCUCGCCAUGGCCGACCUGCUCGUCGCGCUGUGCGCCAUGACGUUCAACGCGAGCGUCGAGCUGACGGGCGGCCUCUGGCUCUUCGGCCCCUUCAUGUGCGACGUGUGGAACUCGCUGGACGUGUACUUCAGCACGGCGUCCAUCCUGCACCUGUGCUGCAUCUCGGUGGACCGGUACUACGCCAUCGUGCGCCCGCUGCAGUACCCCAUCACCAUGACCCACCGCACGGUCAGCUUCAUGCUGGCCAACGUCUGGAUCCUGCCCGGGCUCAUCAGCUUCGUGCCCAUCUUCGCCGGCUGGUACACGACCGACCAGCACCGGGCCUUCCGCAAGGUCAACCCGGACGUGUGCAUCUUCGUGGUGAACCGGUACUACGUGAUCAUCUCGUCGUGCGUGUCCUUCUGGGUGCCGGGCGUCGUCAUGGUGACCAUGUACUACCGCAUCUUCAAGGAGGCGGUGCGGCAGCGCAAGGCGCUCUCGCGGACCUCGUCCAACAUCAUCCUCAACUCGAUACACCGCACGCACACGCGCCACCCGUGCCACUACUCGCACCACCUGCACCCGAGCGACGGCGAGCUGAGCCUGGCGCAGGUCUCGGCCACCACCUCGCUCGACGGCAGCCACGGCAGCCAGCCCAGCUCCCGGAACUCGUCGGCCGGCUCGACGACCUACGGCACCGCCACCAUCACGGCCAAGACUGCCGCCAUCGAGCUCAACAUAAACGGUGAGUCUAACAAAUCCCCUAACAUUGAACUACAGAACACAAUUUCUGAAUGUGUUCUUGAAACCAUAUCUUGA